GUGGCGUUGGUGGCUUAGUCAACGCCUCCUCCACGGCCGCCGCCAUCACUGAUAACAGGGCCCGGGACCGCCGCCCCCGCAGCCUCGCGCCCCCCGACUCACGCCGAGCCCGAUUACUCAUAACCUGCAAGUACUGUGGAGGCGUCGCCCGGGUGGGAGAGGAAGUCAGCCCUCGCCAGGAGCGCGUGCGACUGCGACGGAGGGACGUGUGGAGGCGGCCCUUACUUUGCGUGUGGCAUUACCGGGGUGCCCAGCGAGCCCGCCCAUCUGGCCCACCGCGGAAAACACUGGGACGUGGGAGUGUCUCCGCUCUAGAGAAAGCUCUCCUCUCCCUCUCUCUCUGUCUCUGUCUGCCUCUCUCUCCCUCUCUCUCUUUCUCUCGCGGUGGUGACGAGGGGGAGGCUGCGACCAUAUUUUUACGUCCCUCUACUCGGGGCUGCGUGGUGCUGCGGCAGUGUUCCCUGCAGAGUGCGAAGUGUUUAGUGAGAAAUAGAAGAUUACAGGAAAAGUGUCUUUGUAUUUUUUGUGGCCUGAUCUAUCCCCUUUGCGGCCCUGUCGCGAGUGAUCAUCGUCAUCGAUAAGACGAUUGAAAUAGUGGUAUUGGAGUGAUAAAAUCUGUGUCGCAGGCCGCCAUACCCGUCUGCCUGCGUGUUCUAGCCCUAGGAAGGGCCUGAGGGGGGAUCUAGAGCCACCAGGAAGUACUGCCGGAGGAGCCACCAUGGCCUGGGUCAGAGGGCUCUAAGGUGACCGCUGGGCCGGGAGAGAGAGUGUCACGAUGCCCGUGCAGAAGUUCCGGGCUCGUAUGAAGAGACAGAAGUACGACCCUGAAACGGAUCCUGAGAUGGUCGACGAGUACGGCGAAUAUUUUGCGAAAGCGGCCGACGAGGAACAGGAGGAAGGGAGUGAAGAGCCUAUAACCUAUGCGGAACCUAUAAACUAUGGACAGUUUUCUAUAGCUCAAGGAGUCCGUGCAG